CAACAUAUACACAUAUCAUCAACUUUCCACACCUGUGGAUAUCUCACACUAGAUCAGAAGCUAGUAUGCACAUGAAAAACGUUCUCAUAACAUUUUUACAAAAAGGUGUGGAUCACUGGCCAAAAUCCCGAGUAGUAGUCCAAGCACAGAAUGGUUGAAGACCAUACCUCAUCUUGCCUUCAACUCUUGCUCAGCUCCCACCUAUAAACCUAUCUACUGCUGCUGCUGAUGAUCUGCUUACACAUAGCAUAAGCAGAGAAGAAGAAUAAAAGAGGGUCAGCUCAUAGCUGAGUGAGAUAAUCAUAGCAUCGUGAGUUCAUAACAGAGCAUACCCCUACCAUACAUCUAGGAAACAAGCCAAAGCACUGGGAUCAUAUCUCAGCUCUCUGACAUCCCAAUAGGCAAAAGACUCAACCACCUUGACUUAUGCAUAUGCAUCUUAUCAUGUUUUACUUAUAGGCGCCUGGCUACUCCCAUGCUAAUAACUCUCCCGGGAAACAUACCCCACAUCCUGUCGGAUGUAGUCAUACAUACCCCAACAUCCCGUCGGAUGUGGUCAUACAUACCCCACACCACUUUGGGUGUAGUCAUAUCCCGACACCGCUCUGGGUGUGGUCAUAUCUCAUAAGAAUUCUUCAGUCACCACCACAUGAGAGGUGUGACUAUCAUACAUAUCAUAAUAGAGUAAUAGCAUAGGGAGCCCUAAUUACUAUGUAGUUGACCGUGAGACCACAACACUCAUAUUCGGCAUCCUUAUACAUGAUUCCUAUCUCAUCUUGCUUAAUCAUAAUUCUUUACUUACACAUGUACUUGACCUGGCCACAAUUGGCUCAACAUAGGUAAAUCAGGAGUCGUAUAAUUGCACUUCCUCGGGAUAAACCCUCGUGCAAGUCAUCCUCCUUAAAACAUCAUAAUAUUACCAGGGAAUAUAUAUCUUCCCACUUGUGCAUCCAAAUACAACAAUCAUGAAAAAUCAUAUCCAAUCGCCUUCUCGAACCAUCAUAAGGCAUAUUCACAAUUCAACCCACAUCUGGCAACAUAUAUAGAAUCAUGAACAUAAACAAGGUCCAUAUCGUUUAGGGCAAGUCAAUAAUAUCAUACAGAAGCCUAUAGUUCAUCAUAUAGCAGAAAAGUCCAUACACCCCUAAUCAUGUCAUUCUAAUUCACCUAGGUCAAUUCUAAGCAUCAAUAUAAUUAUCGUGAUACGACAAACCCGGUAUGCCGUGCUAAUCCCUCACCAGUUCUGGUCGUUCAAACACCGGUUCUAGCCUCCUGUACUUAAACGUCAAUUUCACGAAGGAACCCCGAAUUAAAAUCCGAGACCGUCCUAAUAUCCCCUGCAGUAUCCCCGUCAAUAUUAGUUCUAGGCUCCGGGUCAAAUUCUUGAUAAAAACACAUCAAACCCUGGCCGGAGCUAAAUUCAGCGGUUUGGACCCCGGCCUAAAUAAUAGCCGAAAUUCAGGGAUUAGAACUAGAGGAUUGAUUACCUCGCUGCAGGAAGCUCGUAUAUGAAAUUUGGGCUCAAUCCGGCUUCCGGAUACUCCAAAACCCUAAUUUGGCUUAUCGGGAAUUCAAGAAAUUCCUGAACCAAAAACUCGUUUUAAAGCUCUAAAUCGAUAAAUCAUGAUGUAAGGAUGGAUUAGGCAUUACUUACGGGAUUUUUGGAUCACCAUAGGUUAAGAAUCAAGCUCCGCAAAUUUCUCUCCAUCCCACUCCGUGCGCUCUGCUUUUCUCGGUCCCAGAAAAUGAAAGAAUGGGACGAAAGGUUAAUGAUAGGAAAUAGACAGGGGAAAUGUAUAUAGUGUAAACAAAGCGGUUCGGCCGCUUAUGAUUUAUUUUAUAUUAAUUAUAUAUAUAUAUAUAUAUAUAUUAUAUAUAUAAUUAAUACGUAUACUUAUCCGAUCGAUCAAUAAUCCGAUUUUCGUCGAAAUACUAUCAAAACACUCGAUUUUGAAUCGCGAACUUUCUAGCGAUCGAGAUAUGGGUUUUGCCGGAAUGGGAUGUUACACAAACUGCUGAAUAUGGACCCUACUUUGUGUGGAAAUGAAAGAAAGUUGCAGGUGCUAGAACUCGAGGAGUGGCGUCUUCAUUAGGGGUGGGCACCGGUUCGGUUUGGUCAAAACUGAACCAAAAUGGAGCAUACCGGGUCUCCGAUGUCAUCUAAACCCCAAACAGAAUUCGAACCAAAAUAUAUUUUGGUUCGGUCAGUCCAAACCGAAAUAUAUAUCGGUUCGGUCUGGUUUUCAUGCUCAACCCGAAACCCUUCCUUCCUUUUGUCUUUUAAUCUGCCUUCUGCAACCCCUCUCACUUUCUUUUUCCUUUUUCGACAGAUCCAUUACCCUCUCUCUCUCCCAUUCCCAUUAAUUUUCUACCUCUCCAAUUCUCCAUCUCUCCUUUUUUCCAAUCUUCCCGUACAACAUCAAACCACCAAAAUCAAUUCUGACCCAGAUGGAGGGGAGGAAGGGAAGUGGAUAUGGCGGCAAGGAGUAACGAUGAGAGAGAAGGAAGGGAAGUGGUACACCACCGUUGAGCACAUCGCCGCCAAGAUGUCAACAUUAGAAUCGUCGGUGGUAGAUCUCCUUUCCUCUCCUUCCCUGGCUGAGGUCUUCCUGGUUAAGAUCGGCUCCAGUCGCGACGGCGCUCAAGGAUUGGGAUGUCUUGACUCGGAUUCUCUUCUCUAGGCAGCAACGGCGAGAGAUGAUAGAUGAGAGGUGUUCUUUGUUUGUUGUCUGCAGAGAGAGGCGAGAGGGAUCAUGGGCUAGGGUUGUGUGAUUCAUUAUUUGGAUUUUGGGCUCAUGAGGGUAAGUCUUUUGGGCUUGUUGGGGGACUGGGCUAUGAUGAUUAUUGGGCUGGGCAGCAUGUUUCGGUUUGUCGGUUCAAAAUUUGGAACCUCGGUUCGAUCAAAAGAACCAUGGUUUCCGAAUUUUGCACGUUCUCCUUCCGAAUUUUGAACCCACUAACACUAAUUUGGUUUUGGUUCGGUUUAAAUCGGUUUUGGUUUGGGUCGGGUUUACCGAACUGUAUGCCCACACCUAGUCUUCAUGCCUAUGAGAACACCAAGAUCUACAAGGAGAAGAUGAAGAGCCUGCAUGAUGCUAGACUAAAAGGGGGGAAAGACUUUCAAUCAGGGGAGCAGAUGCUUUUGUACAACUCUCGGUUACUUCUAUUCCCCAGGAAGCUGAGAUCGAAAUGGUCAGGCCCAUAUACGGUCAACCGAGUGUUUCCAUACAAAGUGGUGGAGAUUUCCCACCUGGAGCAAGGGAUCUUCAAAGUAAUCGGACACCGCCUCAAACGUUACCUUGGAGGUGAGGUAAUGCCCCAAAAGGAGGUGGUGCUCAUACAAGAUGUUUAGUCUGAAGUCACCGUCUAGCUUAAGACAUUAAACUAGUGCUAGUUAGGAGGCAACCCAGCAGAGGUUAGUCCUUUUAUCAUGAUGUGGAAUAUUGUUAUGUGUAAUAACCUCGCAUCGGGUGAUAAUGUGCUAGGUUUGUGUUUUGCUUUGUCUUCUUUUUGGAAGCUUAAAUUUCCUACCCUAGAAACCGUCCCACUUUCACUUUCCAAGCCUUGUGGUAACAUCACCCCCUAUUUUAUGCCAUUGAGGGCAAUGUCGAGCUUAAGUGCGUGUGUGUGUGUGUGGGGGGGGGGGGGGGGGGAGUUAGUUUAUUAUUGUGCUUGUGUUUGUGAUUGAUUGCUUGGGGCCUUGAUGUAAGCCCAAAUUUUCAAAAAUUUGAGGGCUCCAAGCAUUGCAUGAUCAAAGUGGCUGGUCUCUGGGUGAAUCUCAUGUUUAUUGGCAUUGACCUUGAAUGGAUUUCAUGUAAUUGAGUGUGUCCUAUGAUGAUGACUGAGAGUUUCUUUAGGUGUGUGCAAAAGUUUAGUUCUCGUGUGUGCAAAAGUUUAGUUCUCGUGUGUGCUUAAACGAAUGGAUGUCUUAACUUGGUUACUCUUUGAUCACAAUUGCCUUGCAUAGAAUUUUGUGAAAUUGCAAUAGAUGAUUGGGUAAUUAGGUAGACAUGUGAGUUUGGUUCCGAUCGUCUUCUUCUUGUGUGCUUAGAUCCCUCUUACCGUGGAAAUCAACAUUCACCGUUGUCACUAGUUAGUAUGAUGGAGGCAUAGGAUUAGUUCACGCCCAACAAGUUGACUGUCCCGAAACAUUUUAUCCUCUAGCCAACCCCUUUGAUCCUUGUGACUUUGGGGGUCUUUCUAAUGUUAGGAUCUUUGUGCUUAUUGAGUUUAAUGUUGAUUGCUAGAACGAAUCCCCUCCAUCCUUUCUUCGUGUCAAAACGUGAGUCGUCCUUGUGUCCCGGAGCUUUCCCUUUUUGAGCUCCAUUGAGGUCCUACAUAGGAGGAUUUCACACGGUUCUUGCUAUGAAAGAAAAGGUAGUGUUGGAGGAAGUUCUUAAUAGAGAGCAUUGUUCGUUAAGUGUUAAGUUGGAAAAUGUUUAACUCUCUAGUACCCCCUAAGAAAAAAAAAUGGAAAGUAGAAAAGAAAAGGGAACGAAAAAGAGGUAAUAAAACGAGGUAAAUAAAAGUAGAGAAUUGCCACAAAAGUCAAAGUGUAUGCUCUGGAUAGGGUUUCUUGGCACUCAAGCCAUUGAACCACCUAAGUAUUUAUUAACCUCCUUGACUACUAUGAUUGAGAUGUGGAUAGCAAGAAUAGACCGAGGAAGUGUGCUUGAAUGUAGUUCGUGGUUGGUAGUGGUUUGGAAGAAGGGAAUAGCGAUUUUUGGCCGAUGCUAGUGGCCGUUGAGUGUAGAGAAGGUUCAUAGUCGAAGCCAUAAAACCUUCAGUUUUAGGGUGAAGAUGUAGGACCUCCUGCUAUGUUUGCCACCACCCAAAAAGGUCUUUUCCCCAUGUCCAAGACAAUUGCCAGUCAUUUGAACCCGUGUCUAAGACCUUCGGACAAGCUAGUGAUGACAACCAUCUCGUGAACUCUAGCCUUUAGAGGUUGACGUCGUGGUGGAGAGACGAUGGGGAUGAAUGUUAUUGGUUCUGCACAUCUUUUGCACCAAAUGGUCCUGACCCCACUGGUCGAGAGUGAGUGAUCCAUUCAUGUUUUGCUAGUUCAUAUCUUACCCCGGCGAGGACCUAUGUUGCCCCAUCGUUUGUGCCUUGGACUUUAAAUCGAUGCAUGGUUAGUUAUGGCUGGUGAGUAGCUUUGUCGAGACUUGUGUUGGUUUGAGAACAGGGUGAGAAAUUUUCAUUUGCACGGUCUUUAUGCAUUUUGAAUUCUUUUGUGGUGGAUGUCAGUAUUGCAUGCGUCGGGUCAUGUGUUGAUGCCCAAUAGCCAUUGAGAUUCACCGCUUUGAGCCCUUUAAUAUGUCCCCAAGUUAUCUAGUCAAGUUGGAAUAUUACCUUGUUUGGAAAUGGUUUGCUUGGGGAAAAGCAAACAUCUAAGUGUGGGGGAGUGAUUUGGGUCCAAUUGUACACAUUUUAUCCCCGUUUUCCUUAGACGUUUGAUGCAUUUGUACUCCGUGAAGUGUGGUUUACGCUAGGUUGCGCCUUGUUUUAGUAUUUUCAUAUCCUAGUAUGUGGAACUGACCCUGGAUCGAAAGUAAGAUGAAAAGGAGCGAAAAUGAGUCAAAGGGUGGAAGCAACUGAGGAUCACGGCCAAUGAUGAUUUUUCACUGUCUUAGGAUCGUGAAAAGGGCUCCCAGACCGUGAAGCGCCAAGGGUCCAGGAGCAUUUUCACACCUUGCGAGCUCUCAUUCAGUUCACGGUCGUAAGAUUGUGAACCAAAUUCCCAGACCGUGAAUAAACUAAAUAAAACGAUGCAGAUCAGCUCGACAUCACGGUCCAGAAGAAAUGUUCACGGUCGUGAACUGGAAACGUGAACUGACCGCGACCUGGGUAGGGUGGAAGUAGUUUGGGUUGCGGGUUGUGGAUAAUCCGCAAACCGCACCAACCCGCACCUAUUGUGGGUAACCAUACCCACAAGUUGUGGGUAGUGGGUUGGGUGUGGGUAGUAAAAUAACGAUUUUUGUGGUUAGUGGUUAUCCACUACCCACCGCGGUUAACCCACAAUAACCACACUAAUUAUAUUUAUUUAGUGAAUUAACUUUAUAAUAUAAUGGUAUGUGAAAAGUGCGAGGAUAAAAAUUAAACUAGCCACCAAAUAAAAAAGACAUAUCUAAUCAGUUUUAUGUAAUAAUUUUUUAGUUUAUAAAACACUAUAAUCAAUAGAGUGGAGAAUAAUCAAUUCAUUAAAAGUGAACACCUUUUGUAACUUUUAUCAGUAUGUUUUUGCUGUGUGAAAAAAAUACAAGAUCAUAUUUAAUUGUCAUAUUUCACCCCUAGUCGGGGAAAUAUGAAAUCACAGCUCUCUGACACAAAAGUUGAAUACCAAACUCAAAAAGAAAAAAUCUCCACGUUGAGUAAGAUCGAUGUACAAAAUUGUAUCUUCACAAACAACACAAGUCUAUAUCAUUAUAGUCUAGUUACGAACAACAAAUAUGUUAGUGGCGAAUAGAACUCUAUGCUUGCAAAGAUGGAUUUUUGCGGGUAACCACACCCAACCCGCACAAACCCACAGUGGGUAGUGGUUACCCACCCACUAACCACUGCAGUGCGGGUUGUGGGUAGCAUAAUUGUAAAUUUAUGGGUGUGGGUACCCGCAAAAUGUGGGGCGGGUAACCACACCCACCCCAAUUUCCACCCCUAGACCUGGGUAUAAAAGGAGGGUUGAGCUAAAGGAAAAAAGGGGAGGAGACCUUGAGUGAGAAAACUUUCUUCUCAACAUUCUAGAGAAAGAAAGUGACGAGCAAGAAGGAAGAAGAGGCUAGGGUUUCACUCCAAGGCAAGGAUUUGGGAAAUUCUUCCCCAAAGUGAAGAUCUCUAUUACACAAGGAAGGAUUCAAGCAUCUCCAUGAUGUUUUGUUUCCCUUCUCCUUGUGUUUUUCCCUCUCCCAGCAUGGAGUAGUGUCCCUUUUCACUUGGGUGUUUGUGAACCCUAACUUCUACCAUGUGAUUGAUUGUAUGGAAUGAUUGUUUAUGUGUGGAUGUGUUUUAAUAUGAAUUUGGAUGUAUUUUCAUGGAAUAUUGUGUUGUGUGUUUGCCUAUCAAUCUAUUUUGCCAUUCUAACCUAGGUAGAGAGAAAACCCCAUUUUUGUGAAAGAGGCUUGUAAAGCUGGGUUUUCUUAAGCAAAUCUUGUCUCCUAUCUAGGUUAAUGUAGGGAAAGCCUCCUUAUUCGUAUUAGCACCUAGGUUGGUUGUGUUUUGGUCGUCCGAACUCCGAUUCGAGAGAGAAGGUUAGACAGUCCUUAGUCGAUUAGGCCAAGAGAGUUACCUUGGUAGCUUAAUCUGAAUUCCUUCGCUUAGAGACCGAGAGAGUGAUGUUCCAUCACUAGUGCACUUCCCUUACGGUUCACAACCACCUCCACCACACGUUUUCAUUCAUUCCGACAAGUCAUGGUAGGUAGUUAGGGGGAGCUACACCCGGGUGAAUCCUUCUCAUUUAGAGUCAAAACCAAUUACCUUUACGAUCAUUUUAAUUGUAGAUUGUAGUUUUCAACAAAAAACUAAUCGCUACUUAAUGUUUCAAACAAUCGAAAUUGGAGUACAUGGACUGUCUCCUAUCUAGGUUAAUGUAGGGAAACCCUCCUACGCCCGGGUUGAUAUUUAAACAUAUUUGCCCUAUAUUGCACCCAAUUAAGGUUUAUACUUGGGCCCUGAUUGGGAGUUUUAUUGUAAUAUUCGGGAAGAGUCAAACACUUAUUUACAACAAUAUUUUACUUUUUCUCUAAUGCAAUUCCAAUUUCUUUCUUUUUAUUUUUAUCUUUUGACAUAAUUUUUUUUGGUUGUGUAAAGAUGGAAAACCUUGAACUAGUUUUAGAUACAUAACCCCAAAAUUGAAAUGACCUUUUUCAAUCCCAUAGGUUUCAUGUAUGAAUUUUUGUGAUGAAUAUACACACGGUAUAUUCAGUACCACCAUGAUAUAUUUUUAUAAUAUAUAUUGCAUGACACCAUGAUUAGUGUGUUUAUUCUAAAAUAUAUUAAGGCGUAUGUCAUUUUAUAAAACAUAAUUAAUUUGAAAUUCAAGUUAAAGUUAAUGAGAUAUAGUCAGUUAAAAUUUGAUGAAAAAGUGGUUAUGCAUAAAUUUGGGACUAUACACUUAAGUUGUUAUCUCCAAAAUUCACAACAAUUUAUUUUUGUUUCCCAAAAAAUUUGAAGAGAAAUUUGGUUACGUGUUUCGUAUUUGAACUCUACUAAACCCCAAGCAUUCGUAAAAUUUCAUUUUCUAUUACCUCAUUUCUUUGGAAAACACAGCCCACAAAUAAAUGUAUUUUGACUUAGAUAAAGUCGAAAUCAUUCACGAAUCCAUUAAACUUUUGUUAGCCACUACUUUUUUUUCUUCUACUAACUAUCAAGACCGGCUCUAACACUUGCGAUAGUCCGUAUGCAACCAGACUAUAGAUGAAAGUGCUUGUUUUGCCACUACAUGGGAAGCUCUAUGAAUGUGCAUAUUUAUACAUAUUUUGACCCUCGAUUCUUGACCUUUUCUUGGGAUUUUUUAUAAGCGUGAUAUAUGUUUGUUUUAUAAUUAGGUGUUACUUAAGGAAUUCAAACCUCAAACCUCCAAAUUGCAGACCAGUGCUAGUAUCAUUAAACCAAACCUUUGCAUGUGACCGUUUCUUGACAAUUUACAUUGGGAACACCCUCUUGUUAGCCGAUUAUAUGCUAGGUUGUAAUAUUUUUCCAUGUUUCAGGUCCUAUUAUGCGGAGAAGGCUUGAGAGCGAGUUUUAUGCAUUUGUAGACCAAAAAGAGACCAAAAACAAAAGUCACGGUCAGCACCUUGAAAAGUCACGACUUUGAAACACCUCAAAAUGGCCGUGACAUACUUACAAAGGCUGUGACAUACUUCCAAAGGCUCUGAUAAAAAAUCAUGACAGUGAAUUUCCCAAUUGUCAUGUGACUUCUCAUAAGCGACUAGUUGAGACGGUUCAUAUUUUAAAGUCACUGCCAGAAAUCCCAAAGUCACAGUCGUGACUUCUACCAGCGACUUUGCCACUGUCGGGUAUAACUAAACGUUUGGAAAUUUUCCGAAAGGAUAGCUGCGUUUUUUAUAGAAAACAUAAGAGAAAAGAACCGUAGAGAGAGUGCGACUUAGAGAGUUCUUGGAGCGAAGCUCGAUGAACAAGCUUAGAAGAGGAGAUUGAAGAUCACAAGAUAAUUUUCAUCAUCAUUAUGUAGUUCUUCCUUUCCUUUGUAUUUUCUUCUCUCUAUAUAGUGAAGUUCCUCCUUGUUUGGGUAUGAGGAACUCUGGUCAUGAUUUGUUGAAUUGAUGAUUAUAUGAUACUCUGAUUCGUUGAACUCAAAGUUUAUAUCUAGUUUAUGCACGUUUCAAUGAAUUGUUUGAGUCUUAAAAAGUUUUGAUAAUUUUUGCUUUGACCUAGAUGAGAGAAUAUAUAACUAGGUUGAUAGAGUGAACAUCAAUUGGAAGUAGGGAGUCGACUAUACGAUAGUGAGUUGAUCCAUUGCUUUGUAUUGGAUGUGAAUCCAAUAUAGGGAGUAUAGUUUGAAUUGCCUUGGGAGAUUAUCUAAGUUGAUCAUAGAGUCCCUCUAAGAAGUCUAAUCAAGAUUCAAGACUUGUUAAGGACUCUUCAUAUUAUAAACAAAGAGUGAAAUGAAGUAGAGAAUCAUCAAUCAUUAAUCCAACAAGUGACUAUAGGGAAUCAAUACUCAAGUCAAAUGUCAUCAUUGUAUUUUUAGUUUUUAGUUGUUUGAAAUAAUCAUUUCUGUACCUAAAUCGGCUAGAUAAUAAAUUGAAGUUGAGUACUGGUACAUCUAGAGGUCCGUGAAUUCAUAUAAUUAGAACUCAAUAAAUUAAAGUUGAGUACUGGUUCACUUGGCUUGUGUUAGGAGUAGUAGUUUAUAGCGAUCACUCUAUUAAAGCUCUGAAGAUUAAAAAUGACAUGAUUCAUACUCAAAAGAUGAAAAAAGAUGAAAAAAUUCCUCCAAGAUGGCCCCGCAUGUCAACUGAGAAGUUUCCUUGGACAAAACAUGAUAAAUAGUCAAUUACGAGUCACCACAAAAUGCAACAACCAGAAAAUUAUGUAUUAGACACCAUUUCAUAGCAUAUCGUAAAACGAGUAGUUUCGCAACAAAAUCAUAUGAGAUACAAUCAUACAAUUUACUACAAAAGUGGUGCGACUUUAUUGGUUGGACUUCAUAGCCCCAUCGAAGCAAACUAUGAUGCCCUCAAUGGGCAUGUGACAUUCUAGUUGUUCCUAUGAGCACCUUGGUUAAAGAGAUUAUUUCCUGAUAAGGGAUUAAGGGUUGUCUUCCUUCCUUCUUCUCAACCUUUUGUCCCUCUGUUGUCCUACAUUCCUCUACUUGAGCUACCAGUUACAGAAUAACACCGAAGCUUGGAAUAAUUUGAAAUCAUAGACGACUUUGCAUCAUCAUUUUCAUAUAUGUCAGAGGAGGGAAAUCGUGUGGACUAUGAUUACCUUGGAAAUAUGAGGGAAAAAGAGCAAUGAUUUCCGUUCAUUAUCCAUCGUAAGUAUUCUCGUGGAUAAUCUUAUUUGUUCUCAUCCUACUAUUUGUCAUAAUUCCUUAGUAAUCCUAUAAUAAAACACCAUGGGUCAUAUCUUCUACUGGAUUACAACAGAGAGGGCAAAAGCUUGCAAUGGAAAUCUCUUUAUUGAAGAGAAUACCUCGCAAUGGGAGAAAGCCACAAACAAGUCUUCAAAGAAAAAAAAAAUUAGUUUUAGAGGGACUAAGACAUUCCACAAGAAUUUCCAAAAUUUGGUGUACAAGUAGUCUGUAAUGGGGUUGUGAAAAGGGUUAAUUUCAUAAGAGAAGAGGUGAUAACCUGAUUUCACCAUGUAUUUACUACAUUUGUCAUUGGUGUCAAAUAAUUCUGUUGUCGCUCAGAGUAGUUGGAAGAAAAAUAGAGUAUCAUUUCAACAAAUGGGGGUCAAGGAGAGCUUGAAUACACUUCACAAGACAACACUCAUCAUAGGUUCAACAAGCGAAGAAAUCAUAGGAUGGUCUAGAAGAGCUUCUACAAUACGAAAUGGGGUUGAGGGAGGAUCCAGUAGUAUGUAGAUCCUUGAACCAUAUCAACUUGUCGUCUAAGACAUUUUCUCAACAAAUUUAUACUUACUAAGAUACCUUGCCAGGAUUAAAAUGGGCGAUUAUUCGCUCUUGCUAUCAAAAAGUGGUCAUUCAGGUGGUAUUUGACCCUUUGAAGUUUUAUCCAAAGUAUUCUCAGGCUCUAACAAAAUUCUCCAAGCUUGUUUGGCUAACAAGCUAUGUUAAAUCUAUUGUCAUAGAAGUCCGACCUCCCCUCUUGAAUUUACUUGUACACAAUUAUGGCCAAGAUAUCCAUUGCAUACCAUCGUCCUUGUCAUGAUUAGCCCACCAAACUUGUACACAAUAUAGAUGUGAGUUUGAAGCACGACAUAGCAAAUAUUUGAGUGGCAGUUCGUAUGAAUUUAAUGACCACCUUUUUUGCUACUAGUGACACAUUUUUUAAUUUCUAACUUUGAAUGUGGGCCGCCAAGGAUUCCUCAUUGUAUUAAAAUGUAAGCAUUUCAAAGGAGUGUAUAUGGGAAGGGAGGUCAAAAUAUUUAUUAUGAGUUCCGAUCUUUGAUACUCCCAAGGCACUAUCAAGUCUGAAGCUUCUAAAUGCGAGAAAUUUGAGCUAAAAAAUACUACAAAAUUUUGAAAAUCCACUCGAUGGCAACUGUGAGCUUCAUAAAUCUGAAGAAGAACACCGUAUCUAGUUUGGCCCUGCUGUAGUUUUUGCAGAAGCAGUUUCUGGUUGGAGCUUUUAGAUAAGUAUUUAAAAAGAAAAAAACAGUUUAGUGUUUGGCUGUAAAACUAUUAGAAGUGUUUUUUAAUAUGAGCGAUUGUGUAAAAUGACUAUAAAGGACAUAUAAUAUAAAAUAUGAAUAAAAAUUCUAAACAAUAAGAAGUAGUCAAAAUGGAUCUUGUUAGAUUUAUUUUAUAUUAAAUAAUCAAUGUUGUCAGAACCAAACCGGAGCAUGAUCCGGUAAUGCGAACGGCUCGUACUUUAGUGGUCCAACCGGCAUUAGACCGUUUAAAAACCGUUAAAGAACCGGUACCUAAUAAACGUUAUCAGUAUAA